CGAGCUCACGUCGUGGUGUUGGUGCUCCUAGGCUGCUGCAAGAUUCUCUGGGUGGGAACGCCAAGACGCUCAUGAUUGCCUGCGUGAGUCCACUGGAAGAUGAUUACGAAGAAACCCUCAACACUCUCAAAUAUGCCUAUCGUGCCCGUCGGAUCCAGAACAAGCCAAUCAUCAACCAACUCCAGGAAGAGAGCUCCAAGAUCCAAGAUAUGCAGAGCAAGAUUGACCAACUGGAGAGCAUGAUGAAAGCCUAUUCCUCCGAGUCCACGGAGGGCACGGGGCCGGCAAUUGCCCCUGCUGCCGAAGGCGACCCCGGCCACCCAAAGAUCAGAGCCCUGCGACCUGCCAGUGCAACCGAGGAGCUCGACGACUUGGACAACGAGAGUUGGAUGGCCGUCUUUGUGCAGGAAGCCAAGAAGAGAACAUCCAAAGCAGCCCGUGCCUAUCGGGAGCUGAUUGCGGCCAGAAGGACCAUCCAAGACGAGCGUGCCCGGACCCGCCAACUGGAGGAGCAUUUGAUGAAACUCAAGGCAGAACAGGCAGAUAUGCAGUUCCAACUCGAGUCCUUGGCAACUGAACACAAUCGACUGAGCGACCAAAUGUCGGCCAUCAACGCUGAGCUGGAGGAACUCAUCGAUCCGCUCGAUGUAGUCCUUCGCGGCAUGCUCUGGGAUGACGAGCAGCAGGACAUUGUGGUGCGCUUCCUGACCCACAGAAGACCCAGCGCGUAUGGAACAGCGACCGCACACGACGGCACCGAUCUCGAACACCGAUCUGUUCGUAGAAGCCCGAGACCGCAAACGCAUCUUGCUGGAUCACCGGCGCCAACGGUGCUACGAACGAGACACUCAAGCGCUCACCAGCGAGACGAGGAGUGCGAAAAGCAAAAGCUUGAGGUCCUUCGUCUGGAAGACGAGCUGCUCGAGUCCAGUAAAGUCAUCAAGAGCCUGAAGGACGAGAUCCAAGUUUUGAAGAUGCAGUUUAUUGCCGAGGAAACACUCUGCCAAGCCAGAAGCACCAUGCUCGAGAAGAUGGAGCGAAGGAACAAAGAGCAGCGCCUCGAGAUCGACGCCUUGCGGGACAGAGUCGCUCAGCUCGAAUCCCUGGACAGGUCCCUGGAGAGGCAAUUCGACGUGCGCCGUCCCAAAACAAUGGCCUCGAUCAAUUAUCGCGACGAGCGCGGGCUGCGGAUGCAGAUGGGUGAUCCAGACGAUGCUCGCCUGAGCGAGGACCAGCUUCGGUCCAUCGCCGAUCAGCGCAGCUCUCGCGCUGAGAGCCGGCACGAUGUGGAAGAUGCUGAAGGCGCAGAAAGUGUGGGCGGACAAGCAAAGACGAUGGCAGCCAGUGCCGGUUUUAGGGCUGAGACUGCUUCGGUCGGUGUCGACGCAGACCAAGCCGGCGAAGAUCCAGACAACGAUUCACAGCGCGAGCUCAACAUCGCCAUGAAAGCCAAGGUCGAUGCAGUCAAGGAUCUAUCAAGGAUGGGCAAAGAGAUGGAUAAGCUCAAAUCGCAGUUCACAGAAAAAUCCAUGCGUCUGGAGAAGCACAUCGAGGCGCUCUCCCGCGACAACGCCAAGCUGGACAAGGACCUGGCGGAUCUGGAGCAGAUCAAAGAAAGGCAGAAGGACGAGUACGAGAGAAAAAUCAAGCAGCUGGAGACCCAGAUAUACAAGCUACGAAACAAGAAGAAGGAGGGCGAUCGCUUGUCCAAAGACAAAGAAUCACUUGAGAAGCGGAUCAGCGACCUGCAGCAAGAGGUCGAACGAGCAGGCAGUUCUCAUUCGCUGCUCAAGAAAAAGCUCAAAGACGACCAAGACAAGCUCAGUGACAUGGAACAGCGACUGGGCAAGGAGACAGCUGCACUCAACAAGCAGCACGAGGACGACAUGAAAAAGAUCCGGCAUCUCGAGGUGCAGUACGAGAUGUGCCGGAAGAAGCUCGACCGCAAGACCGAGGAGAUCGCUGUGCUGGUCAAGAAGAUCAAGGACGGAGCUCUGAUGGGCGGCACAAAGCCCCGCGAGAAAUUCGCAGCGACUGUGGCGGAUGGAUCCUCGCCAGUGCCACCGAAAGAGGGCGGCGGGAAUCAAGAGCCUCCAGCGAACAUGACCGAGACAGCAAACAAGAGCAUCAAGCUUUCCGACGCCGAUGUCGAGGAACUCCGGAGGGAUCUAGGUCAUCUCAAUGGGAGCAAGGAGCUCAUCGCAUCUCUGAGCGACCAACCCGAGUGCGACCGUAUCAAGGCCUGGACUGCGUUUGUGAGCCGGGUGACAAAGUCGCCAGAGAAUGCAGAAUCGACGACUCAGACGGAGAGCUGGGCCGAGAUAUUCGAGAUCCCUUUCGCAGCAAUCCAGAAGGAUCUAUAUUUUUAUCGACAGACAUCGAAGGAUCUCAAGGCCAAACUGAGAGAGGUCGUCGCCAUCAAUCAACGACUGACGGGUGCUCCCGAGCAUACCAAAAGUAUCUCGGCAGCUUGCUGAGACAAGCCGGGGGCCAUGCCGUCCAGUCCCCAUCCGAAUGCAGAUCCGUUCCGAGACCAGAUUCCGGAUGAGUUUGAGAAAUACAACGUACUUUUGCUGC